UCGUCCAUCCCGACGAGCUAUUUCAGAACUUGAAUAAGUUAACGCAUUUCCGCAGACGACAUAAACAAAAGACGCACCGCUGUAAAACGGAGCCGCAGUUUCGAACACGCCCACGCUUUAUUUGUUGCGUUUGCAGUUUAUCGGGAUGAGGACGUUGUCUCCAAUGGGCAACAUGACCGCUAUCGCAUCGGCUCUGGUGACGCUCACCGUCCUCCUCUCCGCUCCUCAGGUGGGUGCCAAUGAGGACUGCUUGUGGUACGUGGAUAAAAAUGGGACGUGGCACAAUGGCUUUGAUUGUCCUCUCAUUACCUUCUGCUGUGGGGACUGCCACCGACGCUACUGCUGCCUGGAUGGCUUCAAGAUGAUCACAGAGGGGGAGCAGAAACACUGCAUGUUCUUCCAGUUGAGUCUCACCACCAUAGGUGGUAUUGCCUCCUCCAUUUUUCUUUUUGUUGUGAUCAUGGUGUGCUGCUGCUGUUAUCUCUACGAGAGGCGGCAACGACAAAGGGGCAGGACGCAUUAUGAUGCCCAGCAGAUUCCUAUGGCCAGCUAUCCGGUGGAGCCCAUGUAUGAUGCCUAUGGCAAGCCACUAGGAUCAACCGAAUAUCCACACCCUGGCUACCGAAUGGCACCCCAGUACCCCGGCAUGCCCCCGCAGUAUCCCAUGAUGCAGCCUGGAUCCUAUCCCCAUUAUCCAAUGGCAGACCCUGUACACAGCCAGGCUCCUCCACCUUACUCUCCACCACAGUACCCUGGCCAUUGAGGGGUACAUACUCAUAAAUACACACACACACACA